AUGGCCAGCGAAAGCGUCGAUACAGUCCAGAUGGCGACCCUUGCCGAGGCUUCCACUACCAACAAAACCUCCGUUGCUGCGACCUCAAGGACUAUCACUCCGAGCCCAGCCAUUUCGAAAGACGAAGGGCCGUUGAUUGGAUCGUGGCUAUGCACCGACGGCCCAUAUCGCGAGUAUAUCGAAGCGCUGAGCGGCUCCAAUCCUGGCCUGAAGAAAGCUGACCCAAACAAUGAGGAUGGGCCACUGAUGAAAGGCAAAGCGCUUGUUGCACUCCUGGAUGCACCCAAUACUGGAGUACCUGGUUUUCAAACGACGGAAUUCAAGAGCCAGAAAGACCUUUGCAGGCAUUUUCAGACCACAUCACAUGAUCACAACCGCCGACGGAUCUACAUCAUGGAAGGACUGGCUCCCGAUUACAUUGCAGCCGUCGGCGGCCACUUUUUCAUGGAUCCUACGUUUUUUCAGCGGCAGGAGAGGACGUGCGUCUGGAGCAACGAUUUUACACCAGUGAGCGAUGCAUUGCCUCAUCCUAGUUUACUAGACCCAAAGCAGGCUUUCCAUCUCCAAUACUGCGAGUUGAGACAAUUCAACAAGGCACUUGAAAACCGUUAUUUCUUCUGUGAGCGAACGAGACGGCAUGUUGGCAUGACAGCGUCGCGCCAGAAAGAGGAGAGCACGGUAGGUAUAUUGCGACGCAAAGUGGGGUGGUGGUCUCGCGAGACUAAGAACGGGGGCUGGGAUGUUGUAAUCCUGUGUGACCCUCAGCUACUUCAUCUCUCUGGUACACCCAAAGAAGUUCUCGGCGACGGUACACUGCGUCCGAUCAUCGAUGUCCGCGAAGAACUUAAAAACGCACCUUUCCAGGACGGCUAUGUUGACUUUAUUCCACCUGUACCUCAUGACAAGAUUAAGGAUAAGUCACAGCAUCCGCAUAAGUCGAUGCUACGCGACAUGCUUCACUAUUACGAGCAGCACUCUGACUUGUUCUCACAAGAGGAGUGGGCUACGCCCGAGACAUCAGCAAUCUAUCUGAAGAAGAUCGUUGCUGCGCAUUAUCUUCAGCUUGUUGACUAUAUCAAAGCGAUGCUACCCUCGUUGGAACUUCGGCUUACUACGGCAUGGGUCGAAGAGCAAGGCCAAUGGAAGAGUCUGCAGACCAUCUCACGCCGGUGCGGCAAUUACCGCGACGACAUUGAGGACGCAAUGCUCAGUCUUGGCUAUCCUUUAGAUGGUCAGGUGAAUAGCUCUGCCAGAUUGCAAGCAUCAACAUGGAACGAUUGCGAGAAAGACUUUCAAUAUGUCUACUUUCGGCUCAAGAUUCUAAAAGAGCGUGCUGAUAACCUCAUGCAAGCCAUGACCGGACUGGCAUCAAUUGCUGGCAAUCGUCAAAACCUGGAAGAGGCCAAACGAGUCAAACGACUCAACCUCCUUGCCCUACUCUUCAUUCCACUGGCAUAUACAAGCAGUUUGUUCAGUAUGCAAGACAACUAUGCACCAAACCGAAGCGACUUCUGGGUCUACUGGGUCAGCGCCAUAGGAGUCGUCGCCUUUACUGCUGCCAUCACCUGGAUCUUGGACAGCGCUCUGAAUGACGAAGCGCAGUGGACAUGGAAGCCGAUUCGCUCUCUCAAGUUCUGGGACAAUGAACAACCCGUGCUGGGCCAAGUGAAGAGAAAAUCGACCGGCCUCUACCGAUUCUAG